ACCGCUGACAGCUCUAGCUAGCUACCAAAUUACCAAUUCACAAUUACUAAUCCAUUCUUGAUUCUUCUUAUUCUGUGUUGUUAGUGACAUGUUGGAAAAAUAAUUACAAUUUACAAUCGUAACUAACUUUGAAAACAAAACAAUAAUAAGUAACUUUUAUUUGUAUAUAUUUUAGGAAAUUGACAAUAAAUGUUUGAUAUAGAGCAAAUAAAGAGACAGAUUUUAUUACCCAAGCCUUGUUAAAAGUCUUCAGAGGAAAAAUCUUCGCAACCUGAUGUGCAAGUAUUUGCAGGUUAUAAAAUACAAAAAUAUUUUUUUGAUGUAACAUAUCAUAAAAGCGUAGACCAUGUUCUCGUGCAACAAAUGUGAAUAUGAAGGCCCAGCAAAUGUAAGACCAUUUCAUUUAAAAAUGCAUCUGAAAGAAACUGCUGGAGCUGCAAUUUAUACCUGUAACAUCUGUUUGUACAAAUGUCCAGAUGAAGCUAUAAUGGAGCAACAUAAGAAUUCUCACAUUGAAACUGAAUGUGAGAACAUAAAUGAAGGAGAGGUGGCUUUUGAAAACAAUUUUGACUAUCACAUUGAAAUAGAGCGCCAAGAAAGCAAAUAUAUUUGUGAUAUUUGCCAUAAAAGUUUUGCAAAAAAAUAUUGCCUGGAUCUUCACUAUAGAAUUCACAAUAAUCAAAGACCUUUUGUGUGUCCAUACUGUGAUAAAGGAUGGAUACAAAAAAGUGAUUUGGAAAAUCACUUGCGUGUGCAUACAGGUGAACGUCCCUUUUCUUGCAAUGUUUGCGAUGCAACAUUUGCUAGAAAAACUAACUUAAAUAUGCAUUUGAGAAAGCAUUCAGGAAAACUGCCAUAUUCUUGUAAUAUAUGUGAAAAGAAAUUUAACUACAAGCAAGGAUUAGACUAUCAUUUGCGGAUACAUUCUGGUGAACGCCCAUAUAUUUGUGGUGUUUGCAAUGCUACCUUUAAACAAACUUCUACAUUAAGAUACCAUAGCAUAAUGAAACACUCGGCACAGUUAGAAUUUAAAUGUGAAGUUUGUAAUAAACAAUUUUCUGGCCGGAGUAAUUUCAUUAUCCACUGUAAAAGUCAUACUGGAGAAAAACCCUAUACAUGUGAGUACUGCAAAAAGAAAUUUACAAAGAAAUUCUUACUGGCAAACCACAUUCGAACUCACACAGGCGAAAAGCCCUUUACAUGUAAUUUGUGCAAUAAAAGUUAUAGUCAACGAGUUAGUUUAAACUAUCAUAAAAAAAAACACAUUGAGAAGCCAUUUGAAUGUUUCUUAUGCGAUAAGAAAUUUGCAACUAAGAAUUUGUUAGAUGAUCAUAUUAGUACUCAUGUUGAUGUUAUAAAAAAAGUUGAACCUGAAGAAACUGAAGAAAGCGAAGCUGAUGAUUUCUACCUUUUGAUUGUAUAGUUAAUGUAAAAGUAGACAAUGCUGCCGUUGUUCAGUAAUUUAAUUUUUUUUAAUUAGAUUAAUAUUGUCUCAUCUUAAUUUGUCAAAACUUGAAAUUGAUUUGAUCCUUAAGACAAAUACUAUCUAAAUCUUAAAAAAAUGUUUACUGACUGCCAAUCUACAGAUAAACCCUUUAAUUCAAAGUCGAGAUUUAGUGCUUAUUAUUACUUCCCAUAUAUCAAAAUUCAUUGUUUUUAACAUACUAAGUACUACAUCUCGACUCUGAAUCUCAUUGUUAUCCUAAAGAGCUGUAUAUGAGAAUCUAGUUACUUAAUGUCCAAAUCAGUAAUAUUCUUGUAAUCUGAAUUAACUGGUUAUUGGGUUACACAUAGACUCAGAGAAUUGAUUUUCAUUAACUAAAAUAAUGUUUUAAGUUAGCAAUGGGAUUCUUGAAUGACAUAUUUACUAUUAUAUCAUAUUUUAUGGCUUUUUUUAAUAAUUCAAAUAUUUGAAAUGAAAUAAUUUUAUAAAAAGGAGAAUGGUAUGAAAGUAAAUAUUAAUUUAUUAGUUCUAGUUGGAGACAUUGGUUUUUAUAAUAAAAGACCAAAUAUAAAGUGAUACACAAAAUCCUUGCAAAUUUUCAUUGUAACAAUGUUUUAAUAUGGUAGUCUAUAAAGCUAGGGGGUACUUCUUUCAAUUAAAAAAUUAAAUUUGUCCUUAGGGUUGAAGCCAGAGCUUUAGACCCUGUUUAUGUGUUUUGGUUUAUGUAUUGUUACAAUUUGGUCAUUUUGUUCUAGUACAUAAGAAAUUUACUUGAGUAGAAUAAAUUUAUUCUUAAGUGUAAAUUAUGUCACCGACAAUUAAAAAAAAAGGUUUUAACCAUAGUUUUAAUAUAUUGCGUGAAAUAAAUCAUGAUUA